UUACUUUUAUUACUUAUAUUAAAUAAAUUAUCGAUAUGUCAAGGAAAAUCGAUAAUGCAGUCUCAAGCAGUUUAUUACCAAAAUAAUCAAGGAGUGGCUGCAAUUACUACAACAGCCAAUGGUACUGUAAUAUGUGGAGGUCUUAAAUGUGUAGAAGGUAGCAAAGGCUGCAAAGUAGACAUUCAGACAACAUAUGAUAACAGAUUUAUUCUAACAACUCGUGAAUGCUAUGACAUAAAUGGCAAAAUUAUAAUGAGCGACUCCAAUACAGAAUUGAAUCCAAACCCAAGUACUAGUUUUAAAAUCACUUCUGUUUCUAUGAAGAUUAAGAAGAAAAAACAGCACUCACAGACGCAAAUUGUAGUUCAAACAUAACAUUUUGAAAAAUUAAUUUAAAAAAAAUCAGUAGAUAAAGAAAACAAUUGCUUUUUUCUUUU